AUGGCAUCUCUGAAAUGCAUUCCGAUCAUUUUCCUCUUGCUGAUUCUGGAUGGUUCUCUGAUUGAAGGCAGUAAAAAAGAAGCCAAGCUGUAUAGGUAAUCAGGUUGGAAGAUCGAAAGAUCAGCGGGAGUUCAGGGACCUUUUGGCCAACUACAGUCACCUGGUCCGACCAGUUAGGAAUCCGAAAAAGGCAUUGACGGUGACAAUGAAAGUGUUCAUCCAGCAAGUGUUGACUGUGGAUGCCAAACAUCAGAUGAUCGAAGUGAACGCCUGGCUCAAAUAUGUUCGAGAGUCCAGCGAAAACUGAGAGAACGUUUACAGGGAUUUACAGGUUUGGACGGACUUCCGUCUCCGAUGGAACCCUUUGGAGUACGAUAAUAUCACUUCAGUCCGAUUUUACGGAGAAGAUCAAAUAUGGCAGCCGGACAUUCUUCUUUAUAACCGAUACAUUGAGGAGUCGGUUCGGAAUGGGGAACUGAACUGAUUCGAUGAUUUCAGCGAGCAAGAGAGUUUCGACAUCACUUACAAAACGAAUGCGUUGGUCUACAACGACGGAGUCAUAAAUUGGAUUCCUCCCGGCAUAUUCAAAGUGAGCGAAUGCACGAGAGAGUUCUGAAAAUGAACAGUUUUGAGAUGAGCUGCAAGAUGGAUAUCACCCUUUUUCCAUUCGACGAACAGAUCUGUUUUAUGAAGUUCGGAAGCUGGACGUAUCACGGAUUCGCAUUAGAUUUGAGAUUGGAUACUGUCGAGGGGAAGGGUUCGGAAUAGAGGUUUUCACGUUUUAAUGGAAUCAUUUCAGAAUCAUCAGCCGAUCUUUCCACGUUUAUCACAAACGGAGAAUGGCAUCUAAUUCAGGCGCCGGCGAAGAGGGAAGAGAAGUUCUACAAGUGCUGCCGAGAGCCGUAUCCGACUGUCAAGUGAGCUCUUCCUUCUCCUUUUUCUGUUCUCCAUUAUCUCAGUUGCUAGUUCCAGAUUCUACCUCCAUCUCCGUCGGCGCACUUUCUACUACGUCUUCAAUGUCAUUCUCCCCACCCUUCUCGUUUCGUUCAUGUCGCUUCUAGCCUUUUGUCUGCCAGCAACUGACUUGAGUGAAAAGAUCGGACUUCGUGAGUUCCAUAAUAUUGUGUUAACCCAAAAGAAGACAUUCAGAGACCACCGUCUUGUUGUCGGUCUGCUUCUUUCUCACAAUCCUCUCUGAAAUGACGCCGACGACUUCUGAAGCCGUGCCGCUUCUCGGCGUUUUCUUCUCCGCACUCACGUUCAUCGUCGCCAUUUCCACGGCAUUCACAAUACUUGUGCUGAAUAUCAGAUACCGCCAGAUCGUCAACCAUCAUCUGACACAACGGGUGACUCACGUCUUCUUUUAAUUUCCCUUUCACGUUCGUUUCAGUUCCGCACAAUAUUCUUGGAAUGGCUUCCGUGGUUGAUGAUGAUGAAACGGCCCGAUCACAAGUUCCGGAACGGAUCCUCCUACCGGGAUCACAGUGCCGAUCAGUGUGUUCAGUGUGCGAAAAAUGCGGAACUCAAGAGUAUUCUGAGAGGGACCGACAAUCAAUUGCAGUCGGACAACGACACUUUGUACCCGUUCCCGGCGGAAAACUUGCACUUGAAGCGAAAAGUCGGAGACGUGAGUUUGACUUCAUUCGAUUCUGAUCACAGAAGAAUGCAUACCCGGGAAUACUCGUAA